AUGGAUUUCUCUACUUUUGAUAAACAAAGUCCGGCUCAUAAUGAUUUUCGUAGUGAUACAUUCACUACUCCCACAACAUCAAUGAUUCAAUCAUUAGCUCAAACCACAUUAGGCGAUGCUGUAUAUAAUGAAGAUUUAAAAACCAUUGAAUUAGAACAAAAAGUAGCUGAAUUAACUGGUAAAGAAGCAGGAUUAUAUUGUGUUAGUGGAACAUUAUCUAAUCAAAUUGCCAUUAGAACUAAUCUUUAUCAACCACCUUUUAGUGUUUUAUGUGAUUAUCGAGCACACGUUUAUGUUCAUGAAGCCGGUGGAUUAUCGACAUUAUCUCAAGCUAUGGCACAACCAAUUAAUCCUAAAAAUGGGAUUCAUUUAACUUUAGAAGACGAUAUUCUACCAAAUUUUAUAAUUGAUGAUGGGGAAAUUCAUGGUGCUCCUACCAAAUUAAUAUGUUUAGAAAAUACAUUACAUGGAAUGAUAUUCCCAAUUGAAGAAAUUAAAAAAAUUUCGAAAUUUUGUCAACAAAAUAAUGUUAAAUUACAUUUAGAUGGUGCAAGAAUUUGGAAUGCAAGUGCUGAAACUGGAAUUUCAUUAAAAGAAUAUUGUUCAUAUUUCGAUAGUGUAUCACUUUGUUUAUCGAAAACUUUAGGUGCUCCUAUAGGUACAGUUUUAGUAAGUGAUAAAAAAUUUAUUCUUAAAGCUAAUCAUUUCAAAAAACAAAAUGGGGGUGGCAUUAGACAAAGUGGAUUAUUGGCAAGUAUGGCAAUUAUCGCCAUUGAUGAAAAUUUCUCAAAAUUGAAACAAACUCAUAUUUGGGCUAAAGAAUUGGGUAAAUUAUGUGAUGAAAAUGGAAUUAUUUUGGAACAUCCAGUACAAACAAAUUUUGUAUUUAUUGAUAUUGCUGCUAAUAAAAUUAAUCCAGAAAAAUUGAUGGAAAUUUCUGAUAAAUAUAAUGUUAAAAUUUAUUCUGGUAGAAUAGCUUUCCAUUAUCAAAUAUCUCAAGAAUCAUUUGAAAAUGCUAAAAAAGUUGUUUUAGAAGUGAUUCAAUAUGCUAAAGAUCAUCCUUAUGAAGAGAAAACUAAUUUUAAGUUCUAUACUAGUGAAAAUAAAUAG